GGGCGGAGUCAUGGAUAAAUGCGCCGCCGGCAGGGGAAGCGGUGGUGAGUGCGCCGAGGUUCUCCUUCCGCCGUCUGGAUGUGCAGAGAGCCGUCACACAUCGCUGGGAGGAAAAUGUCCUGUGGGCUGUGGAAAGAGACCGUGGCUGUCGCAGAGGAUUACAUGCGCCUGCGCUGCUCUAGCCCACACCCAGCCCCUCCACCUCCCAGUGAGCCCGCUGCUGCCAUGAGGCGCCUGGCUCAGGACGUGGAGAGCCAGCACCAGGCUCGUUUCCACGCCCUGACCCAGAGCUUCCUGAGGCACAGCCAGACGGACCUCUGCACCAGCCUCUGGAAGGUGAUGGACGAGAUGGUGGGGGACGGACACUUUAACUGGGGACGGGUUGUAUCUCUCUUCACCUUCGCCGGCGUGCUGGCCAGACAGCUGCAGGAGCAGCAGGGCAGGAGCCCGGGGCCGGACCCCGGGAGGCAGCAUGAGCCGGUGAGCUGCCGGGAGCUGGCGGAGACCAUCGCCGAUUACCUGGAGAAGCACAAAAAGGACUGGCUACAGGAAAACGACGGAUGGGACGGGUUCUGUAAUUACGCCCACGGUGCCAGAGGAGCGAGUCAGGACUCCUCCAUGAAGACGGCGCUGGUUGCUGUAGCAGGAGUGGGCAUCGCCGGGCUCACCUUCCUCCUGGUGCGCUAGCUGCCCCCCCCGGUCCGUCACCAGUUCUGGCUGCGUCCCAACGAGGAAACGUUCGAAUCGUAACGUCGACGCGGCAACGCAAGGUUGAACCUGUAGUGAAUUCAGGGUUGCGGUCUCACAUCGGAUUGUUUGCACAAGCUCGCGACUCCCUACAAGCAUCCAUACUGACACUCUGUUGCUUGUUCCUAAAGAUUGUAAACCAAUUAGAAAUGCCUUUUUUUUUUUUUUUUUUUUUUUUGUUUAAAU